UAUUACCCUGACGUCAUUUCCUCGUGAGUGUGUGUAUGUUCUGCUACAAAUAAAACCAUGUCUGCAGGAGGUGGUGCCAGUGGUGCCUUUGGGGCAGGAAUGGCCGGUACUCCUUUUGAUCCUGUGCAGUUUAUAAAGAAACCGCAAGUUAUACUCAGGCUUGGAAGCACGCUGUUCGCAAUCAUUGUAUUUGGUUGUAUAUUAGCUGAGGGGUGGUAUGCUGGCCACUGUCAAAUGAAUGAUGACCCUAAUGCAUGUGGUUAUGGAACAGGAAUUGGAAUCAUUGCCUUUCUACUCUGUUUAGGAUUUUUAGUUCUUGAUGCUGUAUUUGAAAACAUCAGCAGUGUGCAGUAUCGAAAAUAUGUUGUCCUUGCUGAUAUGGCCAUCUCUGGUCUGUGGACUUUCCUGUGGUUUGUGGGAUUCUGCUACAUGACAGAUGCCUGGAGAAGAACAGAUAUAAACAACCAUACAUAUGUAGCCCCUCAUGACCAUGGAAAAAACAAUAUCCAGGCGGCAAUAGCUUUUUCCUUCUUCUCUAUUAUAACUUGGGGAGGUAUAACCUUCUUUGCUGUACGUCGUUAUCGUGAGGGAUUUGAAGACGCCUUUGCCCCGAGAAGUGGUUAUGAUGAUCAGACCCAGUCCUCUCCAUACUCCUCCUUUCCAGGUAGUGAGACGGGGGACCCCUAUCAGCAACCCCCAUUUAGUUCCCAGAAAGAGGCACCAAACUUUCAGCAACAACAAGCUACAUAUUGAUUUAGAGAUUAUCCAACAAAACUUUGAAAAGACAACUGUGUACCUAAGUCUGAUGUACAAGUCAGUGUAGAGGAGUUACAUGUUGAUAGGAGUAGAUAAGUUAUUACUGCUUUUUAUGUGAGAAUUGUUUCAUUUUACUGUCAUGUGUGUUUUAGUUGAGUGGAGCAUUAGUAUGUUAGGAUUUAGUUGUGUAAUUCCAGUGGGUUGAAAAAGAUGUUUUGGCAUAUCAUUUGGUACUUUGGAUGAUUGAUGUGUAAUUUUGUUUUCUAGAUCUCACAAGCUCACUUAUCAAUUGUUACAGUAAGCAAUUUUUUUCAGAAUCAUAUCAUAUGAUUAAUGAGACACAUCCAAGGGAAAUUUAUACAAAUUACAUGUAUAUUUAUAUAUACAUGUACUGAAGAAAUUAUGGCUUUUCUAGUAAAAAUUAUUGUGAGGGAGUGGAGAGCCAUUUUUAUUUAUAAGGCUGAGGAUUAAUAUUUUCUUCUCCAAAAAAUCACAAUGGUGGGAGAAGACAUAAGUUCAUUAUUGUUGGUGGGGGUAUAAUUAUAUAAUGUAAUGAUAAAUUAAAUACUGUUGAUCUUUUGGAAUUGCAUUAUUUAUUGAAACACCAAAAAUAAGUAAAUAUUUCUUGUUUAUUGAAUGGAGCAUGAUAAAUGUAUCACAGAACAUGUGGUACAUGUUUUUGUAUCACAUAAUUCAAGGAUAAGAAAUUUUUAUUACUAUAGUAAAUGAUUGGCCAAUGAUAAUAAAAUGAUAUUCCUUUUUGUACAUUUGAAGAUAUAUGGAAAGGGGGGGGGGGAUCUGUCAUAUAUUGUAGAAAACUUAACAAUGAGGUCAAGAAAACUCAUUAUGGAACUAUGUUAUUGUAAAUUAUUUAUAAUUUUGCUUGACAAAAAUUUUUUAAAAUCCCAUCAAAGUGGGGGUGGACACUUUGAUUGUAUCUUGGAGUUAAAUUCCGAAUGGUGUCAUUUAGGCCUUGUUUCAGUGUCUUUUCUGGCAUAGAAAUUCUUUUCUUUCUCAUGCAGCAGUAUAUCACAAGACAGACUAUUGAAUCAAAGUGGGGUUUACUGUAAAUAAAUUCUAAAAAUGGGGGAUGUAAAAUAGUUGGCACUCCAUACUCACAGAUAAUAUUAUCUGGAAUAGUCCUGAAAGUUCUGCAAAUUCAUUUUUCUGUGAAAAUGUUUUAUAUCAAUCAUCUAAAAAAUGCUUAUAAGUAUAUGGCAUACAGCUGUACAUGUACAAAGUUGGUUUAAUAUAGAAAUCCUAUAACAGCAUCAAGUGCUGUUUAAUAUAUGUAUAUAUGUUAUAUUGUGUAGGUUAGAUAUACUUUACAUUCCAUUCUGUGCUUUCAUUUCCAUACCUGAAUUUCACAGGGUAGAUAUAUUACAUGUUAUGAAUGACUGAAAACAAAAAUGAAACAGAAUUCUUCUCUGUCAAUUUUUAUUUAUAUAUAUGAAGAAUUAUAGCAGUUUAAACUAAAAACAAAUUUUCUUAUCGAGUUAUGUUGCUACUGUCCAUGGACAUCUAAUUAGGAAAAUUUAAAUGUGUAAAAAUGUAAAAAAUGAACUCAAGAAACUGUUCCCAGUAACUCUACAGUAACUAAACUUUAUAUAUUUCUAAAACUUGAAGUUCAAAUGUUAUAUUGAACUGCAAAGUUAAAUUUUCUCACUUUUCACCAAAUUAUAUGGCUUGACCAAACAUAAGAGUUGUUUACCUAAACAGAUAUCACUUUUUAGUGAGAGAAGAGGCUAUUUAAUCAAAGAUACUUGAACUUUUGAAGAAAAAAUUAAAUUGUUGUUAUUUAUCCUUAAGAAGAGAUUAAAAGAAAGGAAGACUUGGAGAUUUUUCUAUGGGAGAUCCAUUAACAGUUUACAAUGCAAUGUUAAACCCUGAUCAUUUGAAAUUUAAUGUUUUGAUGUAUAAAGAAUUAAAUCAAAUAUUUUGAUGACAAAAGAAAACAAAUCUUUGAAUACAUAUUUGUCAACAAUGUAGCAUAAUCAUGUCAGGCACAAAUAUCCAAUUUUCAGAUUUAUAUGAAAUAUUUCUAUAUAACCUUUUAAUUCCUUAUUGCAUUUUUUGACAUUAAUUGAAGUUGUUGCACAAUUCAUAACAUCAUGUCCGCAAUAUGACGGUCCACUCUGUUGCAAUACUGCAAGUUGUAUAUAUAAUAUCUAUCAAGUCUUGUCAGCUUCAUAAUGCUUUUCUUUCAUAUUAUGAACUGUGUAAACAAUGAAUAAAACUUUAUUUUGGUCUGUGUCAUCCAUUGUGAGGUCGAAAAAGUAGAAAGGUGAAUAUUUAUUGAAUAAGUAGUUUUCUGACUCAAACAAUGAAUUAAUUGAGAUUUUUAAGAAAGGUUACAUUGCAGAUAAACUGACUUGCCAUAUAUGUAGCAUGAUAAACAUUACCUCUCUGUUGCUGUUAAUCCUGGUAUAAUGAAAAGCAGAUCUUGACUUUGUAAUGUACACCUGAUCACUUUUUGUAUUAUUUGAGAUAUUUAAAUGAUGUGCAAGGGUUUAUUAGUGAGAGUAUUAUAACUUUUGUAUAAUAGUUGAGGGUGCUUUUCUUUACAUUUUUUUUUCAGUGUAGUAAAUUCAUAUACCCUUUCAUUCCUUUUUCUGCUGCAUUGGUUGUGGUUACUAAUAUUUUAAUUUUAAUACAUGUACAUGUAUGUGUUUCAAUCCUGGAUGCUGCAGUGGUCUUGUUUGUUUUUUGUUUUUUGUGUUCUUGUAUGAAAUAGAGAGAGGUUUCUGAUAUGAUAUAUAAGUAUGUAGGAAUACUUCAGGAAAGGAAACUGCUUGGCAUAAAACUAUUUUCUUUCUUAUCUAGAGCUAUUAUUAUUGACUUAAAAGUAAAAACUUCAAAUUUCAUGAGAAAAAAAUGGAAAUUAAUUAGAAAUUAGUGCAUCACAUAUCUGUAGAAUAAAAAACAGAGACAGAUUUAGAUAGCAUUAUAAAUAUAAACAAGAUGAUUAAAUGGACAUUGUUCAUGGCAACACAUUGAGUCAAAUUAAAGCCUAGACAUUCAGCAAGUGUCAUUUAUUCUUGAAGUUGUGUCACUUGUGACCAUGUAAGAUCUCUCUAUGAUAAAAUUUUCGAAUUUUUCUAUUUUUUUUUUACCUAUAAGAUCAUAGCAUGUAAUACAAGAUAUAUAAUUGUGUGUGUUGAAAAUGAUCUAAAUUUUCAUGAAAAAAGCUAUUGCAUCAAUCAUAUUUCUGACUUUUUCACACUGUCAAAAAUAUGCAGAAUUAUGAACCAUUUCACUUUAACAUGUUACUUUAUGAGUCCCUUGGUAUUGACAUGCUGAAAUAGAAAAUCAAAGCAUGCAAUGUUAUGUUUCCCAGAUAAAUGAAUAUGUUGUAUGUAGUGGGGUAUUAAUUUUGUUAUGAACAAAUUAGUCAUACUGAUAUCUUGUAGAUAAAAAUUGUAAAUUACUUCUUCCCUUUAAAAGCCAAUCAAGAAAACUUAGUAGAGAUAGGAAUUCAGCAUAAUCCAUAGGGAAGUCUGACAAUAAAUAAAAGCUAUAGUGUAUGUGAAUGGAUUAUAGUUUUAGGGAUACUUUAGCAUAGACUGGGGGAAUUAGGAAAGAAAUAUGAGUAACCAUUGAAUGAUAAAAGCUAUAUCCAUGUAGAAAUGUUUGUCUGUAGGAUUAUUUGCUUAUGAGUACCAUAAAUGAUAGAUUGUAUUUAUUUUUAGAGAAUGUGGAAUUAUAUAUAGGUAAAUUAAAACAUACAAAAUGUGCUAGUGACUGUACAUUAGACUUUCUAUAUUUGUUGUAUUGUAUUGACUUUUUAUUAAAACCAAAUUUAGAGACAUUUGUUGAAAUUCUGAAAUCCAUAACCCUGUCCUCAAUAUGAUUUUAAUAAACAAGUUAUCUGUAUCAGAUUAGAAUUUUGUUAAAGAAUUACUUCCCUUCAUACUAAAAUCUUCAAAGACUGUCAUUUUCUUGAGUAUGAGAAGGAGGCACAGUAUUGAUUACUGUGACUGCAGAGAAAAUUAUGGACAGUCAAUGUAAAUUUGAAUUUGACAUACAGAAUAUUAAGUGUUGUGUUCAGCAUUUCAUUUAAGGUAAUUUGAAGAGAUUGGAAAAUGUGUAGGUCCUAGUUAGAUAACUGUUAGAGUUAGGUAAAUAUUUAAGGAGUACAUUUUCUAUCUGUCACUUUGUGUUUUUACCUUUAAGCUUUAAUGUUAGUUAUUAUCACCUGUAAUUGUGAAAGAGGCUAUAGAAUUGGAACAUUUUGUGAGUUUUUGAAGUAAAUUUGGUAGGGGAAAAGAAAUAUAAAGAUGUGAAAGAAUUAAGUUUUAUUUCAAAAAGUGAAAUCUUUCAUUUUGCAACAUUGCAUUUAAAUCAGUGUAUAAUAAAAAUAUGAGAGAUAAUCUUCAUUUGCAGAUAGUCAUAUAAAUAUUCAUUUUGUACCCAAAAUCAUUUUAAUUUUCCAGUUAAAUUUAUUGUAAAUGUUAUUUAUAAAACAAAUGUUGAACAACAAGUAAGCUGCUCAUAUACCAUAGGUUUACAUAACGAUGAUUGUAAAUUUAUGUGUACAUAUAUUAUUUCCUUUUAGUGAAUGUGGUUUCAACAUCAAAAAAUGCACUAAAGAAAUUUAUACCAAAUAGUACACACUUUGUCAAAAUUGUUUUUCAUGUUCCUAGUACUUUCUGUUGCAUAAUAUGUACCAAUAAUGUAUACAAGACAUGUACUAGAUUUAUGUUACUGCAGUAAAUUAUUAUAACAUCA